GUGCACAUGCUGUCAACAAACUUUACUAAUUUAUACUUAGGGUCUAUGUGCUAAAUGUGUAACUAUCUUGGAUCAAUUGUCUUUUACUCGUGCAUAUAUUUCAUUUAAGAAUAUGCAUGAAGCACACUGUACAUAUUCGAUGACUGUCAAUUAACUUCUAGGAUCGGCAGCCGGCUUGGCUGCGACUGGAUGUGGUCAUGGCGCGCUGGAGAGGGAAUUUCGAAAAUUUGACGAAAUCCCUCAUAUCACAUUUAACUGGACUCGAGGAAGGAGAGGACAACUUUCGACUGUGUCAGCAGUUUGCCACCUCAAACUUUAAAUUCCACCGAUUUCUAGAUGUGGACAGUCAUAAAGUGACCAGAGCCUUAGAUGGAAUGCGCAUAAAACUGGAAGUGCAUUCACAGACUGAGAAAGCAAAAGCUCUGACUCAGCUGACUGAAGAUUUCUUGAAUAGUCCAAUAUUUGAAGACAAAAAUGACGGCAAGACAGACACCCACUACUCCAUCCUCUACCUGUUGUUCCUGUUGGCGGACCACCCCACGGCCACCGACUUCAGUCUCGCGCUGCCCCAUCGUGAAGAUGAACCUGUAGAUGACUUUGACUGGUCUGGUCACCUGUUGGAGGGAGAGGAUGUGUAUCGAGGAGGAUAUGCUGAUUCUCCGAUUCCCUCAGAUGAUGAGAGCUUGUCUGAUUCUGAUGGGGACGAACGAUCUCAACCACAAGAUAAUGCAGUAGAUAAUCAGUCUGCUGUUGUCACGGCAACACAUGAUACAUCAAUGCUGGUUACACAUGAGUCUGAUGUGGUGGAAGACAAAGGAUACGAUUGGUUGAUGAAAAAUCUGGUGGUGCAGUAUUGGAAAGGAAUGAGUCGUGAAGAGGAUACUAUAGACAACCAUUUCAGUUCCAACUUAGCCAGAGAUUGGGAGUCCUACAAGACCCGCACCAACCCCCUGUACUGUGAAGGGGGCCGCACCUUCGUCACGGAGAUCCAGGUCUUGAGAGAGGUGUUGUGGAUGCUGUCUGGUGUCUCGGACCUGUUUAUCUUCCUCCACAAAAGAGGCCGCUUCACUCUCCGCGAUGACAUCUCUGUGUCUCAUCUCACUAAGGAGUGUGUUGAGAGUUUUGUUCAGCCGUUCUGCAGGCAUGGGGGCCAUGUUCAGGUUCUGCAGACCUUCGUUCAGGAGAUUGUGUCACAAAGUUGCCUUGGUAACGACCUCACCGGAGUACCCAUGACCUACCAAGCUUUCACUAAAACAGUGUCUCAGUUUCUGCAGGACUUACAAACUUACCUCUCGGGUCUAGAGAAAAGGAUUAUAAGAAAUGAAGAGGUCAUGACUCUGUCGAUGAUGUCGGUGGAGCUGCAAGCAUGGAGUCAGAAGAUCGGCCUGGUGUACUCCCUGUAUAUUAAUGGUGUGGCCGCCGCUGCCAGUCUGCCCACAAACAGUCUCAAGGCCUCCCAUCUCCUCAGUGUCAUGUACAACACUGUGCUGGAGUAUGACUCACUAGGGGAGUUCACACCGGACAUGAUUAUGCUGUUACUGCCGAUGUGGAUGCAGACGUCUCAGCCGUAUCUGCAGAUCAUCGGAGACUGGAUCAACAACGGCCACCUGGAUGACCCAAUGAAUGAGUUUGUUGUUCAGAGAAAUGACAAUGUGAAGUCAGUUGAUGAGACCUUUUGGGAGAAUGCUUUCGUGCUCCACAUGCCAAAGAGUACAACAAACUCCAGUGUGCUCAGCACAACUAUUGCCCAGUUUCCGGAGCAUGAGCAGGUUGCUGUGGCAACAGCCUGGGCUCCCAAGUUCCUGCAGCCAGUUGUCAAGGAUAUCGUCUUGACAGGAAAAUCCAUGGAAGUGCUUGAACACUUGGGACAAUUAUUUCAAGUCAUAGGGAAUAGAGAUGGUAAACCAGAUUCACUGUAUGACACAUUUAUGAAAUCCCUGGAGCAGACCCUUGGGACCAAGUCACCAACAGCUGGUAAAUCAGAAGGUGGGAGAAAGGUGACAACUGUGUCUACUCCAGUCCUGACUGCUCAGAUCGAGCAACAGCUGAGGGGGCUGGGAGUCUAUGACCCUCUGUUGAGGAUCAACUUUGAGGCUGUGUUCAGCCAUCUGCACGUGGGCCCAGUUGAAUCAGAGGAGGACAGGGAGUUGAGGUUGCUGCGGGGCCUAAAGUCUGAGAACCUGCAGCCAGUUGAGAUGCUGCUCCAGGAGUGUCUGUACCCACACAUACUACGCAGGUACCACGUGGUUUGUUCCGAACUGGUCCGCAUCCUGAAAGAGAAGUAUCGCCUCAUGGACUUCCUCACUGCCAUGAGGAAGUUUUUCUUGAUGGAGGCGGGCGACACUAUGUUCAACUUUUACACCAACAUAUUUGACAGAAUGAAGAACAUGGAGCAGUGGAGGGACCUCUCCGUGCUGAAUCUGGUCCUACACGAGGCCAUGUACGCCCUCUACCCCGACGAGACAAACAGACUCAGCAUUACUGUGGAGGUUCCUAGUGUUCAGGAGAAGUUUCCUAUAAGUGUCACUGACUGUAUCAAGCUGUCAUACGAGGUUCCCUGGCCAGUUGACCUGGUGAUAAGCUCCCGGAGUCAGGAUAUCUACAACCAGAUCUUCUCCUUCCUCCUACAAGUGAAGCGAGCUAAGUACUGCCUAGAACAGCUCCGCUUCUUCGAUCUGCAGAAGGAAGACAUCUUGAAGAGCAUCCACCUGUCUCAGUACGAGGAGGAGGAUACGACACGUAACACUCGCAUACACCGCAUGCAGCUGCUGAGGUUCCGCCUCCUCUACUUCGUCAACAGUCUCCACAACUACAUCAUGACCAGGAUCUUGCAGAGCACGGGGCUUGAGUUCCAGAGUGACAUUGAGGCCAGUGUGGACCUGGACCAGAUCAUUGCUGCCCACAACAGCUAUGUGAGCAAGAUCCACGAGCGCUGCCUGCUGCACCCCAAGGUGGCCUUCCUCAGGGAGGCUGUGCUCAAGGUCCUCAACCUCAUCCUCAGCUUCCACAAGAUCUGGGACCAGGGCGUGGAUGAAAUCAGCAUGAAGAUUAUUGAAGAUAUGGAGCUGGAGUUUUCACGCUGUAUUCAGUUCUUGGCCUCCUUCCUGAACAACGUCAUAAAGCGAGGGUCCUUCCCUCACUUGGAAUCUCUUGCCUUCUCACUCAUCACGUCAAUGGAAUACAAGGGGAGGUAACACAUGGUGGGAUAUUCAAUCAGGAGAGAAGUUAGCCACAGGAGGAACAGUGCUAUGCAGUGACUUUUUCAACUGCAUGAAAUGUCUGUGCUGGUUGUUAUGCAUAAGGCGAAAAAAAAAGUAAUCUUGGUUCUCAGGCACAGCUGCAUCAACUCAAAGUCUGCCUCACAAAAAAAUCCUUAAAUAUUCCGCGUCUCGGACGAUCAGUUAAUGCACAAUUUCGCCGAAAAUAAUGCAAACAAAAUUGAAUGAGAUCUUGAACAAAAGUAGUAUAAUGGAGUACAAACGUCAGUCCAGAUACACAAUGAACGCUUUUAUAGCCAGAUAGUGUUAUAACAGGACUAACUUCAGUACAGAUUUGUUGACAUGCUACUUCCUGUGUUGUGUGCUCACGAUAACAUCUUUGUGUUGUGAAAAAAAUCGAAGCUCAUUGUAUGCGUGUAGUCAUAUGGUAAUCAAAUAUUGUAUUCCAGUAUUUCAUGCAUCAAGGAAUACAGUUAUGUAGGAAGGCCCUUUCCCAUGUUGAUUGUACACAACUGUUAAUUUUGUUACAUACUAGUUUCAACCCCCCCCCCCCCCAAAAAAAGGCCACCCCGCACUAUUUUUUCAAAACCUGUGGCCUGAGAACUAAUUCUUUUAUUUUUUUAAGCCUUAACAUUGACAAGGUCUCAAAACAUCUAUAUGUAUAUAGGGAGACAU